AUGGAGAAUGAGCAAUGGUGCACCAUAUGCUCUAAAAUGGUGAACCCAAUGAAUGGAUAUGAAAACAAAUGUCCCUUUUGUGAUACACAAUUUAGUGAUGGAAUUGAAAAUCUAAGUGAUCACCAAAAUAGUGAUGCUAUUGAUUUAAGGUCAGCUUGGGUUUUCUCACUUUAUGCACCAAUUUUUCUUGGUUUGAUGAAUGCUUUUAGUCCUUCUCUAGCUACAAUUUCUUCACAAGAAAGUAUCACAUCAAGAAAUGAUGAAGAUUUUGAACAAGAGAGAGGAAAUUACAAUGAACUUGUAAUUGGAAGAAGGAGAAGAACUUCAACUUACAUGAUGCAUCUCUUUAGAGGACUUCAUGUUAGAAUGGUUUCAGAAAAUGAAAACAUAGAACAAAAUAGAAACAUUAUUGAUAAUACUAAUAAUACUUAUAACAAUAACAAUAAUAAUAGUAAUAAUAAUAACAAUAUACUAGUUAUUGAUCCAUUCAAUGAAGGUGCAUUAAUUGUGAGAGGACCUAAUUUGAAUCACACAAAUUUAAAUAGGUCAAAUGAAAAUAAUAUUAAUACUAGUACUAUUGGAUCUUUGAAUGAUUUUGUGGAUGGAAGUGGAUUUGAUUUAUUGCUACAACAUUUGGCACAAAUAACACCUAGUGGUUAUGCAAGUGUGAAUCCUCCAACAAAGAAGGAAGCAAUUGAAGCAAUGGAAAACAUGAUUAAUGAUGAGAAAUUGCAAUGUACUAUAUGUUUAGAAGAUGUUGAUAUUGGAAGUGUUGCUAAAGAAAUGCCAUGCAAGCAUAAGUUUCAUAGUGAUUGUAUUGUUUCAUGGCUUAAACUACAUAGUUCUUGUCCAGUUUGUAGGUUUCAAAUGCCUUGUGAGGAUUCAAAUGUUUUGGCUAAUUUGGAAAAUGGAAAUAGAGAAUUUCAGAAUAAUGAGGUUGGGAGGAGAGGUAGAAAUGGAAGGAGGAAUUGGUUUCCAGUGCUUCGAUCUUUUAAUAAUUAUCUUCCUUUUCCUUGA